CUUUGAGAAAUUGAGAUGCCAGCAGCGUGCGUCGUGAGACUUUUCUGAUUCUCUUGUUCAAAGACCGAGAUGUCGAUCCAUGCCAGCUGGCCUUAUCUAACCCUGGAAGCUAUUCGGGACCCAGCAGCCAUUGACAAAUCUUUUUGGUCUAGCAUAGCAGAUGGGAGUUGGACGCGGCUAGUGAAAUAGCAAUUCUGAGACUCUGUCGUAAAGUUGCCAGCUGAAACUAGCGACCGACGCUGCCGAAGAGGCUUGGAAGAGGUCACGUUGUGGAUUAUAAUCAGGGGAUCCAGGAGAGUGUCUUGGUAACCCUUUGGUCGGCAAAUCUUGUCGGUUCGCGUCCCGUCGCGGAACAACCUCCAAACCGAGAGAUUGCCGCGCACGUGCCUCGUGUGCCUGGAUCUGAGAAAUUCUAGUGUUGCUAGCGCAGCGGUCCAGCAAUGCUUAUUUUGACAUUCGAAGGGUGGUGCACUGGUGUUGAAGAUGCGGCGUUUUGUGUCGGAUCACCAACAGGAAAAGCCGAGGCCUGUAACGCGGUCGUCCGGAAAAACGACCCAUUCCGAGCAGCAGUGGGCAAUCCAAUCCGGGGCGAGGUCGGGUCUGGGGGAGCUCUGGGGAAGCUGUCCGGGGAAGCGGAGCUGGCCGCAACACCAAGCCCACCAGAGCCGUUUUGUCCUCGGUUACCCCACAGUUCGUGGCACGACAUGCGGAGCGCUUCACAGGCCAAACACACCACCAUUGGCCGCUAAUCACACGAGAAACCACCACAUGCCGAACCACUUGCUCCUCCCGCUCUGCCCAUGUUCUCUCCUGGCCAGUCUGCCAGUUGUGCCCAACGCACCUGCUCUGCCUUUGCCAUACAUCAAUUCGCAUGUUUUCUUCUCUUUGUCCCACCCUCCAGAAACUUCCCACCUUUUCUGGGCUGGCCAUCUACAAGCAUCUAUCCUUGAAUCUACAUACGCCGGAGAGAGAGAGGGGUAUCUUAUCCUCCCCACGCUCUAAUUUGCUUGUCGAUCUCUUGUCAUCACAUCCUUGCAUCUACUCCAUACAACUACGUCUUCUUCCCCACGGGGCAACCUCCUCCCGCGGCAACCGAAGUGGGAAUAUAAACACUCCCCUUCGUCCCUGAUUUCUGUCCUCUCGACCUGACCUCGACAUCAUCGCUUCGUUAUACACACUUCAACAGUUCUCGCCCGCACUUCAAGAUACCCUUUUUGUUGGUUUUGUGCUGUUUCGGUUCCUUGUAACAAACCACCACAUUUCCACCCCCCACCCAUUUUACGUACUACUACAACUACCAAGGACGACAAACCACCACUCUGUCGAACCACCACCGAUUACCGAGAGAGAACACCUUUACUCUACCAAAAAUGGCCUCUACUCAGCAGCAAUCCCGCCUCCUUUCCACCUCUGCCCGCGUGCACCCCCCUUACCUUCCUCACCUCUACACCGCGGCUACCAAACCAUCCCCCGUAGCAAGGGGCAUCAAGUGGGUCCCACCUCUCGCAGGCGCCCUCGCAGCAGGCUACGUAGCCGUCUCAACCUACCGCACCUCCGCCGCUGCCGCCCAGCAACGACAGGCCGAGGCUGAGCAGGCUGAUCUGGAGAGAAGACGACAGAAUGCCGCUUUGGCGGACGCCUACGGGGACAGGAGCAGCUUGGAGGAGUUGGAGAGGGCGAUGAGGGUGUAUGAGGCGCAGCGGGGCAACAACUAAGCAGGGGUGAUGUUGCCCAGGAAGAGGGGGACUGACUGAUGAGCGGGCUCUUGGAGGGUUCUCUCGUACUGACAGGGCAAUGACAGGGGGAAAUGGGAAAUGCGGUGGAAUUUUGGCUUUUUGAUAUCCUGUUUUGGUGUUUUUCUGGGUUGGUUUUUUGAAAGGCAUUAGCAUGGGUUAUGAACUGGAUGGAUGGGGCUGGGCAAACGGGCACAAGGCAUAUUUUCUGGCGGGGCGUUUUUGGAUGGGCAAUCUGA